AAGUGAGUGCUUUGAAUGAAGCAGAACAGAAUGGAGUUUGACAAGGUUUCGUAGAUAAUGUAACGUAACUUAUGUUUUAAAUAAUUAAGUCAAUAACACGUGUAAACAUAGCGGUGGUUAAUUACAGAAGACGAAUCCGAGAAGAAUAAGUUUUGUAAGUGAAGUGCUACAAAUAUGUGAAUUAAGUCAUGAACACUGUGUUCUAUUACAACAUAACCAAACUUCGGUCUACAUUAUUAUUCCUGUUUAACGAGUGAUUCACGGUUACUGCAAAUGAUUCGUAAUUUUACCAUGCCCAGUGGAAAGAAAACCCAUGGGAAAGGCCAGCAAAAACCGAAGUACAGAGUCUGAAAGAACGCAAAAGUGGUAACCUCUAAGUCGAUUACGGCCGCAAGCAUGCCCGUCGGAACAAGUUUUGAAAAUUCAGCAAUGAAGACCUGCUUUUCUUUGUCUUCCUUACCAGCGACGGACACUACACCCGACAAGGGUGUAGUGAAACCUCGCUUGUACAGUAGUUUGACAAAAAAUCGUGUCAAAGCGACCGCAGUCCGACGCUCGUGGGGAAGUACAGCUAGCGAACACAGAGAAGAGUUUUGGUCAGCACUUCAGGCAAAUUACAACUACAUCAUGGAUAACCAACUAAUCGACAAGUGCCAAGAAGCGAAUUGCGACUUAAGCGUGGACACUGGAACUUGGUCUUUGAAGGAAUUUUACGCCCAGUUCUCCGAACUCUAUUUAUGGUUGAAUAGCGUCCAGGAGACGAUUUAUGGCAAAGAAGAAAAUAUUGUAGACAAGGCUUUACGAGCACAUUGCGUCAAUGUGGUACGCGAAAAAAGUUCUUUACUUGCACUAUUUAAUGAUCAAGCUAGUCAACUCGUGCAAUUGCACCCAAAGGUACAAGAAGAAGUGGGAUGGCGAGUAACACACCUUAAUUCGAAAUGGGAUUCCAUUUUGAGCAUUUUAGGACCCUCGGAAUGUGGACAUUGUGAACAAGACAGCUGUUUAGAUAUCGAUCAUGAAAUCAAGUGUUUACGGAAAUGGUUUAAGAUCAUGGAGUCCUGUUUGCAGCCACUCAACUUCAGAACCAAAUAUACAAAGACUGAAAUUGAAGCUAAAGCGUUAGAGUUAAAGGUGCUGCACCGGGAUAUUGAAAAUCACGGUAAAAUUGUGAGUUCAGUGGUAAAGUUGUGCAAGAGACCCGAUGCAAGUUGCAACACUGUCAACGUCCGGCGAAUUGCGAAUGGCCUCGAAAGGCGUUGGCAUCUCCUCUUCUUGAGAUCUUUGGAAUGGCAGUGCUACCUGGAAUCCUUAUCUAAGAAAGAAAAUAGCAGGAAUACGUCGACGUCGUCCGACGAAACCGACAGCGAUUGUUAUGAAGAACCAGUGAAUAAAUAUCCGAGAUUAAGCAGUAGGGAGCAAUCUUGCGUCUUCAACAACAACAUCGAAAAUAGGACAACGACUGAGAAUGAUUGUGGCCAUAGUCAGGACGUCCCAGAGCCUCCCUUAACAUUCAAAGACGUAAUGAACAAAAACGCGCCUAAACAAUUUGCUCCAACAGGUGAAGACACAGUGGACGGUCCUUGUUUCAGGUUCGGCGAAGACACAUCCCAGUUCACAAAAUCCAAUCGAAGGGCGCCCAACUUAGGAACUUACUACUUCCGACACGAAGACACCGAUUCGGACAUGGACAAAGUCGAGCAACACUCCCUCAAGAAUGAAGUACAGAGUACGGUCGAAGAAACAUCCGAAGAAGAAUGGACCUACACGAAGAACGUAGAAAAGACGAACGAAGCAAUGGAACUAGGCGAGGUGCCAAAACCGAAACACGUGCCAGAAGAGACAAUCAGAAAACUCGUCUUGGAAGCGGAGGAGCUAGUAAGCCCUGAUAAGUCCCGGAAGUUGGAUAGAAUCAACUGCGUGAAUAAAAUGUCGAGGGUGAAGAAGUGGUUAAGCAUGGAAAAACCGGACGAUAGUUGCGACGCUAGCGGCGAAGACGACGAACGAGAAUCGCAAGUGUCGGAGGAUUUUGAUGAAAGUACCACGACGUUCCGAGCUACACAAGGAUACAAUUCGCAGAACACGUCGUUCACGGAAUUGAACCACCCGGAAUCCACGCCCAAGAUUAAUCUGAGACAGAGGAAAUAUGGCACAAAUCGGCCGUGGAGUGUGUCGUGCAUCUCGCAGCUGGACCAAACAUCCCCCACCAAAGCGAUAGAAAAUGACAUCACGAACUUCUCUAUCUCGGAAUCGGCGUUGCAUAAGUUGGCUUUGACUUCUAAGAAUCUGGAACGGCUUAAUGCUCUUAGCACUAACAGCAUUGGGGUUAAUGGAAAUAACUCGACCUCGUCCACGGUAGAAGAGAGUGCGGUUCUACAGGAAAAAACGUCACCGAAUAGGAGAAGGAGGCUCAAACUUAAAAAGAAAUCUUUGUGCGGAAAACUAGAUGUACAUGCACCCUACAGUCCGAUCGCUUGUCCAAAAACUCGAAAUUUCUUAAUAAAGUCGGGCUCUUUCUCUGGAUGUAGCACUAAAAUUAAUUAUAAUGAACGGCAUACUUCAAGCGACCCGCCUGCUGUGGAUUCGUACCACAAGGGAAAAUAUGAAACGUCUACUACAAGUGGUGCAGAUAGUGAAGAAGAUCACAGCAAGCGGAUGCCGACUUUUAAGUUAGGUUCUAAAACACACUACCUCAACCCUAAUCUUAGGAAUUCUAGUCCGGGCAAGAGUAGUCUAAAUACGACGGAAGAACAGAGCAGUUCUUUGUCGGAACAGGCGGCUUGGGACAGCUAUCAGGAGAAAUAUUUAUCUGAAGCUUACAGCGAAACUCACGAUUCGGACGCCGCUCGAAGGUUGUUGGAAUUUGGCGAAGACUACAGAAACUUCCUCGACAGUCAGUCCGACUGGUCGACCAACCCCGACUUCUCGCCGACAUUCAGAAGACGAACUUUGGUGGCUUUCACUUCCCCCGAGUCCGACAGCGACACAGAAUCUCUACGCCAAUUGCUUAACGAGUCUCGGGAUCAGUUGAACUAUACUAAAAACAUUUACAACCAGCAGGUGUCUUUGGGAAUUAACGAAUAUUUAGUGGCUAACGAAAUUGAUGAAAUGAUUUCUACAUGCGAUCGUCACAUCGAUGUGUUAAAUGACGUGGAAAAAUCGUCAGACGAGCUUCAAAUGUCCAAAGCGGACAAAGGAAUCUUGGCAGAACUUCUAAUCCAGUGGACCACUUUAAGAAUGAACGUAUCGAAAAUGCAAGAACACAGAACCCUACAAAAAGACAUCCUCCAGAUGAAAAACUCCCUUUUAACGAUAGAAAUCCCGACUUCCGACUGCAUUCUCAAUUUGGGCUCUGUAGACGAUCUUCCCAAAGAAGUAGAAUACUGCGAGAAAAAAUUGGAAGAUAUUUAUGAGUUUAAGAAGAAGCUGCUGGCGCUCAACGUGGCGGUGCAUCGGUUCGUCGUAGAAAACAAAGAAUAUAACGCGUCGUGUCUGAAGACUGACAUCUCGGAGCUGUAUCGCAUUUGGGACAAUUUGUGUACGACCACUAACGAACGCCUGGCUCAACUCAAACCCCUGCUACAACAGUGGAAAACGCUCGACAAUAGACUCGAACAGUUACAAGUGGAUUUACGCAGUGAUGAGAAAACAUUGCAUCUUCUCGACACCGCGCUACAGGGAGGUGCACUAUCUGAUCAAACGGCGACCUACGUUCGGGACGUCGCCAAAUUGCUAUCCGAAACCACCACCAUCCAGGGUUGUAAAAUUCCGGAGCUUUUCACGGAAGGAGGUUCUCUGUCGGACAGCGGCAUUUCGGACGAGGGUUCCGAGCACGAGAUCGGCGAGCGCGAACGUCGUCUGGCGGCGAUCCGGCGCUUGGUUCGUCAGCUGGAAGUCGUCUUGGCCCCGGACUGCAAAGCUCGCCUGAAAAUGGCCGAGAGGCUGAACGCGGCCGAAGAGGAAUUGAAAGCUCUGCAGAAACGCUGCCGAUCGCUGAUCGCCUGCACCGCUGCCUACUCUCUGCCAGUUCGGCCUAGCGAGGAGCACCGGGAGCUGGAACCUUCGACGAAGGACCCGGACGACGACGACGACGACCCCGGCAGCGAGCCGAGCGCUUCUUGGUUCAAGCGGGUGAUGCGGGCGUCAGUUCCGUUCCAAGUCGUCAUCAUAACCCUCCUCUGCGUGGCUUGCCUGCUGGAGCCGCAGUGUUGCGACAACAUGAAUAAUUUUGCGAUGUCUUUGAGUCCGCAGUUGCGUUACAUUAAAGGACCGCCGCCGAUUUAGGUACUUAUGAAUGUCAAAAUUUUUUCCUACACUGCCUUUGGUACUUACCGCACGAGAGUCGUAAUGACUUUGCCUUCGUUUUGGAUGAAAACGUAGCAUAUUGUUAUUGUGUAUAUAAUGAUAUUUUAUAGUAAAAGAAUAAAUGCGUAUUUGCAGUUAGCAAAUGAUCGAUUUCAUAUCAUUUUAGAUAAGAAAUUUUAGCCACUACUAGACGUAUAUUUUUUUUGUGAAGGUAGUCGCUAAAGCAUUUACAGUUUACACUGAUCGUAAAGUAUUAUAUACGAAAGGAAGUAGCAAGUAUGAGUUUGAUUGCGCUUCCGACGAAACUGAUGAGAGUGAUGAGAUGACCUGGCAAGACUUUUUAUAAGUUUCUUUUUUAUACUGUCACGUGCCUUAACGUAGGCGCCUUGCCUCUACGGCCUUGUAUCUCUAAUAGAGUAUAUUAUUACGUUUAACACAUGAGUAUAUGGUGUUUUUUUAUUUGAAAAGCUCGACGUUGCAACGUAACUUAAAUACACGUUCGGGUGCAACAACGGGCGAUAAUUGUUCACUUGCUGAACAAGUGCGGCAACGGCACGAUUAUUUUAUUUAAACUAGUGCAUGUUAGUGUUAACUAGGUUUGCAUGUGUUUACGUGAUCGGCAACAUCGGUGUUUGUUAUUUAUAAUUUUUAUUUAUUAUGAAUGAGGACAAGAAAAACAUCGACGUUGUCUAUCCAACCAACUCUAAUAGAUGUAAUGGUUGGAUUUAUUAUAACCUUACGUAUAAUUAAAGUUUCGUGGGUUUUCGUGACGUCUGAACUUAUUAUCGGACGUUACUUGCCGACGGACUUUUCUUAAUUUAAGAACAGUACGACGAUUUGCUUCAAAUUUUAUCCCUCAGUUUGUUUUAUCGUAAAUUUUUAUCUUUCGUUUUUUUUUGAAAAUUUUAAGUUUAUCGUUGUGCAUUUCUAUAUAUAACAUGAUUUAUUUAUGACAAUAUUGGGCAUUUGCGUAAGUUAUAUUUCUAACGAAACCAACGUAAAAAAUGAUCGUUCGUAUUUUUUGUAUUUUGAUGGUUAAUAAUAGUCAAAGUUUCAGAGAUUCAUAUUAUAAUCUUGCGAACUCGUUAAAGCGGCAAGUUUAUAAUGCUAAGCUUAGUAAUUAAAGUUAAUCUUUUUACGGCGGUUUCAUAGUUUGUACCAUUUGUUUUAACAUAAUCAGUUUUAACUUAAUUAAGUUUAAUGUUAAGUAUCAUCUAAAAUGAGUACAUCUUAUAUUAUUAGUUGCAUGGUAAAAAUUCCUCGAUCAUACAGUAACUAGUUCCACGCAUUUGCCUAUUUUAUAAUUAUCCCUCCAAUACUUGGUAUUGUUCAAAGAUAAUAUUGGAGUUGUGUAGGUCUUGAUUGAUUAGUGUUUUAUCACUUAGUAUCAACAAGGCGCAUACAUUUUUUUCAAAAUAAAGAAUUUUGUAACAAAA